AUGAAACAAUUGCAGCUCAAGACUUUGAGCUGCACAAUCAAGCACAAUCUCAUUGACAAAGACUUUCCUCCUUUAAGUAAAGAAUGGAAAGGUAUCCCGGUAAAGCACUGGAAAUACUACAUGAUUCAAUUAGAGAGAAUGGCAAAGAAUAACAGCUUUGCUAUUUACAAAUGCAAGAACAUGUGGUGUGCAAAAAGUCUUCUCCAGGAAGCUUCAAAACAAGAUGCAAAUGAUUCUUCAUUGUCUUCUGAUAAUAUAUCAGAAACAGAUGGUGGCGAGUCGCCUAUUAUGGUGGAUGUGCUGUGUUAUAUUCUAUUUUUCAACCAGAUUCAACUAGACUUUAUAUUAGCAAAAAAAAAUUCUUUGAAGCUAUUAAGCAUAUUACAUAAAGAAACUGUCUAUAUCGAAGUACUCAAAACACAUGAAAUGCUUUUGAGAUAA